AUGCAGGCCAUGCCCGAUUCGCGCCAGCAGAGCUUCGAGGAGAUUUAUGGCCCGCCAGAGAACUUCCUCGAGAUAGAGGUCAAGAACCCACGCACACAUGGCAUGGGCCGUGGCAUGUACACCGACUACGAGAUUGUCUGCCGCACGAACAUCCCCGCCUUCAAGCUUCGCCACAGCAACGUCCGGAGGCGCUAUUCCGACUUUGAAUACUUCCGCGACAUCCUGGAGAGAGAGUCUGCGCGUGUGACGAUUCCGCCCUUGCCCGGCAAGGUCUUUACGAACCGCUUCAGCGACGACGUGAUUGAGCAUCGGAGGGAGGGACUGCAGAGGUUCUUGCAGAUUGUCGUUGGCCAUCCGCUACUGCAGACCGGUAGCAAGGUCCUGGCUGGGUUCGUACAGGAUCCUAACUGGGACCGCAAUGCAUGGUGA